AUGGAUUUCAUGAGAGAUGGCACUGAAGAGAAUCUAGAGGAAGUCAACUACAUUGGAGGAAACUAUGGGAAUAGAGGAUUCAAUCCACCAUUUCGCGCGCAUCCAAACCUAUCAUACCGGAGCAACAAUGUGGAGAAUCCAAAUGACCAAGUCUACCCCAAUCAAGGAGCGUAUCAAGGAGGCCAAUACCAAUCCAAGCCACAACAAGUCUAUCCAAGAGGGAUGUACCAAGUGAAGCAACCAUUCACUUUUUCUCAAGAAACAAAUCCAACCCAAACCGGAGAGAAGGUUGACGUGGCGUUGAAGAAAUACAUGGAGGAGCAGAGAUUGAUCACCAAGAACCUAUAUGAGAAGCUUGAUCACAUGUUUGGUGAUCUAAGCAGCAAGUUUGGGUCUCUCUCUACUCACGUUCAAAAGCUUGAGGUGCAAAUCGCUCAAACAGCCGAGGCGGCCAAGAAACAAAAUGAGGUAAACACUCAAAAAUUUUGUAGUGUUGUCUCAUCUAUAGAUGGCACAUUGUUCCUACACUAUCUCAAGGGGAAGAAGAAGAAAAUGAGCCUAAGGAGAGGCACAAACCGGAGAGAUACAGUUGGGAAUCAAGAAGAGCUUACAAGAGAAGACUUGAAGGCAAGCCACUACAAAAACAAGAAGAUCCGGGGAAGUUUAUUUGGGAUUCAAGGAAUUCAAGAGCCCCAAGAUAAGAGUCGAGUUCGCGGAUCUAUCGUGCAUGGAACCUAUGGAAUGCUUGAAGAUGUCAUGAUGGAAAUAGGGGGUCGAUCGGUCCCAACUGACUUUCAAGUCAUGAUUUGGGAAGGCUCAAAGAGGAAUCAACUGAUUCUUGGAACCCCAUUCCUUGCUACAGCUGGAGCGGUCCUAAACUACUUUGGGAAUCAUCUAUCUUUUGGCCACAUCCGGCAAGAUAUCUUUUUCCCAAGUGUAAAUUUCAGGUCAGUGCCAAGUGCGACCAAGCUACCACCAGAAGAAGCCACUCUCACGCCUAAGAAAGAAGCCGUGAUGCAUGGAGAAAGAAGAGAGAGAAUCAACUCCAUCUCACUUCCAACCUUUGAUGAAUAUGGAGCUGAAGAGGAGACUAAUGGUGCACCUAAUCUCUUUCACAAGAUAAGAAUCUUUACACCAAAAGAUUCGGAGCUUAAAGGUGACCAAUCCAUUGAAGAGAAGCUUGAGAGAACUAUGAAGCUUUUCCCCAAGGCAUUGGUUUUCAAAGAUGAUGUGAGAGAUGACUAUGGCGCGACAACACCACCACAAGAGCCACUGAACCGGAGAAUGGAGAAGCUAAAGGGAUCCUUUGCCCUUCAGCCACUCUUCACCACGAUUAAAGAAAGAGAAGGAGUCAAGCUAAAUGACUUAAAACAAAAGCGCUUUAUGGGAGGCAACCCAUAUGGUUUUUAA